CGCAGGAAAUGUAAGGAUUACAGCAGAUCAAUAAUGUGAGGAAAUUUCACAUAUCACUUUGGCAACGCUGGUUUUGCGCGUCCGCGUCGUGCUGUCAAGGAAAUUUAACCUACAAAUAAAAUAGUUCUACUAGUUUAUAUAAAAGUUCCUAUUAUACAGAUUCAACUGGUUUGUUUUUGCAAGAUGAACGUUCUGAAGGGUAUUAUUGGGAUAGGACGCAUACCAACCAGUUCUCUCGUUAGAAAUACUAUCGAUAAUAUGGUUCACAAAGACUUCACAUCCAUCAUAGCUAACAAACUAUCAUUUUUAACGAUACAAGAGAGACCUAUGGCAUCCUUAGCCCAAAUGCACAGAACAGGACCUCAUAUCAAAAAGAGGCCACCACGUAAACCCUUGGAUGGAAAUCCUUUCAUGAAAGGGGUCGUCUUGAAAACGCUCAUCAAGAAACCAAAGAAACCGAACUCAGCCAACAGAAAAUGCGUCUUAGUUAGAUUAUCGAAUGGAAAAGAGAUGGUGGCGUAUAUACCAGGAAUAGGUCACAAUCUGCAGGAACACAACAUUGUCCUGUGUAGGGUAGGAAGAGUACAAGACUGUCCUGGUGUCAAAAUAAAAUGUGUUCGAGGAAAAUACGACUUGGGUCACGUAGUUAUCACUAGAAAAUAAUUGAAUAGAUGUUUGUAGAAAGAUAAAUAAAAUAUCUAAGUACACCA